CAUGAAGUCCUCCAGGACGGCCACCUUUGGAUAGUUUGCACAAUCAUACAUUUCCCCUCUUUCCAUCGCCUAUUCGAGAUCCAAUCGUCCGAAAGAAUGACUAUAAAAUGGGAGGUCAGCGAUUUUCAGGUCUGUACCAGCACGUCGAAUAAUACAAAAGACACUCUCUACGCCAAUAACAAUAUGCAGGUGCUUGUUAUGGUAAUGGUGAAAGCUAUCGAUCCCACAACUGGGCAGCCCUACUCCCUCACAAAGACGGAACUGGAUUCGAUUGUACUUCUUGACCUCAAUGGCCAGACCCAGGAAUUGGGCGGUGCGUGGCGAUACAAAGACUCGGAAAAUGAAUUUGAUCAUAACCUCGACAACUCAAUGUCGGUGGAAAGCAGCCCCCAGAACGCGACUCAGGCGCCGAAGGCAGGGUUCGACAAAAAGGAUUACUGGGUUUCCACCAAUAGAGUCGAAUCGAAAAUUAUCGGCGCCCAAAUCAAGCAGCCUGACGGUAACACGAUCAGUACCAACGGAGUCGGUGCGUUCGACUCGAGCGUGGUCCUCACCGGCGUCGCUCCACCGACGAUCAGCUUUGCCGAUUUAACCCUGCGGCAAGACACAGACACGGCGAAUGGCAGUAGCUAUGAUCAAGACAAUUAUUAUCUAACCAUCAGAAACCGGCAGGUCCGAUGCCUAAACGGUCCUACCUAUUACGGAUCCGAUCCCUACUUAAAAAGGUCAAUAGCAUUUUGGAACCGGCCUGAAGAUCGCACCAUCUUCUUCAUGUGGCAGGUUGGGCCCAGGAGUCAAGUGGACGUUGGAACUAGAGGGAAACAUACCCAAAUUACCGUCAAUCAAGAAGCAAAUGCCGGCUGCUUCACUCGGAUGAUGAUGUGGAAUACCCAUGAUGAACGCCCUGGAUAUACUUUUGACUACCCUUACUAUGCCCUUGACCAGUGUGGGAACCCUUCGGCUCCAUUCUAUCCUUAUUAUUCCGAUCACAACACUCUUUACCUACAUCCAUCUUAGGUUGAGCCAGAGGCUAUAUGUUGGAGUAUUUCCAUCAAGGGCCAAAGAAGUAAAGCAUACAAAUUUUGUUAAUUGGUUUAUUAAUUGUUAUAAAAGGGACUCGCUACAGCUAUAUAGUAUUUUUAUAUCUUUACAUUAUAU